AUGGCUUUGUACCGUUAUGCUAUACGAAACGACAAGAUCGUCCUCGUCCUUGCAUCGGUGGCCGCAAUCAUCGCUGGUGCACUUAUGCCUAUGAUGACUGUUCUGUUUGGCGGUCUGGCAGGCACCUUCCGCAGCUUUCUAUUGGGCGACAUCUCAGACAGCAAAUUCAACGACGAGCUUGCAACUUUCUCUCUAUAUUUUGUCUACCUCGCUAUAGGCGAGUUCGCUAUGGUUUACAUUGCUACGGUCGGUUUCGUGUAUUCCGGUGAACACAUCAUAGCGAAGAUUAGAGAGCAGUUCCUGGCCGCCAUUCUUAGACAAAAUAUUGCCUUUUUCGACGAGCUUGGUGCGGGUGAGAUCACCACACGAAUUAUAGCAGACACCAAUCUUGUCCAGGAAGGCAUCUCAGAGAAAGUGGGAUUGACCUUAACAGCUAUCACUACCUUUGUGGCUGCUCUCGUGAUUAGUUUCAUUAGGUACUGGAAGCUGGCACUGAUUCUAUGUUCCAGCAUUGUCGCUAUCGUUGUUACAUUUGGCCUCGUAGGCACAUUCGUCGCUAAACUCAAUAAGAAAUACCUCGGUCAUUCUGCCGAAGGUGGAACGGUUGUAGAAGAGGUGAUUAGCUCGACCCGAAACCCGGUUGCGUUUAAUACUCAAGAGAAGUUGGCUCGACGAUACGAUGGGUAUCGUGUUGAAGCUAAGAAGUCCGGAUUCAAGCUUAAGUCCGCCACAAGCUCAAUGAUUGGCUUUCUCUUUCUGUACAUCUACCCCAAUUAUGGCCUGUCUUUCUGGAUGGGCUCCCGCUUCCUGGUGGAUGGAUCCGUUGGGCUAGCGCAGAUUCUUACUAUUCAAAUGGCCAUCAUGAUGGGUGCCUUUGCCCUGGGAAAUAUCACAUCAAAUGUCCAAGCUAUCACCACAGCUGUUGCAACAGCCAAUAAAAUCUACGCAACCAUCGAUCGUGUCUCUCCUCUUGACCCUCUAUCGAACGACGCCGAUAAGUCCACGGCGCUUGUUGGAGCUUCAGGCUCUGGAAAGAGCACUAUCGUCGGCCUGAUUGAGCGUUUCUACGAUCCUGUUGGUGGAUCCCUAUAUAUCGACGGCCAUAAUAUCAAAGGUCUAAAAUUACGCUGGUUACGUCAACAAAUCUCCUUGUAUACAUACAAACGAGGUUCUGGCUUCCUUGUUUUUCGGGCCCAUGACUUCAUUUCUUCUCUUCCCGAACGCUACGAAACUAACAUUGGUGAACGAGGAAUACUUCUCUCAGGAGGUCAGAAACAACGUAUCGCCAUUGCCAGGGCCAUAGGUACCCACGAUGAACUCCCCCAAAAGAAAGCGACUUACUGUAAUUUGGUCGAAGCUCAGCAAAUAGCGACGAAGCAAGAAUCUACAACUCAAGAUAAUGACCACAUUUCGCCCGAGACUGAAUAUGAUUUACCGCAAGCCGAAUAUAAUAAUGAGAAGCGCGACAGCCUCAGCCAAUUGGAUGAGGGAGAAGAACCUCAGGACCUUCUGAUACAUUUUGUCGCGGGUUUGAACAAACAAGAAUGGAAGUAUAUGGUCUUUGGAAUUUCACUCGGCAUAGUCUGCGGUGGAGGUAGCCCAACACAGACUGUAUUUUUCUCUAAGUGCAUUACAGCCCUUUCACUCCCUCUUUCUGAAAGCUCUGAAAUACGGCGACAAGUCAACUUCUGGUCGCUGAUGUAUUUGAUGCUCGCCUUUGUGCAGCUGUUGGCUCUCAUAGCUCAAGGUAUUACGUUCUCUUACUGUGCAGAGCGACUUACCUAUCGAGUUCGUUACCAAGCAUUCCGACAUAUCCUCCGGCAAGAUAUUGCCUACUUUGACAAACGUUCUGGAGGUACUCUCACUUUCUUCCUGUCUCCCGAGACCUCACAAUUGGCUGGCCUGUCUGGGAUUACUCCGAUGGCUAUUCUCUUGAUGGUUGCUACAUUGCUUGCCGCUUCCGCCAUUGGAUUGGCUGUAGGGUGGAAGGCCACUUUAGCUAUCCGAACCGUGGCUUCCUUGACCCGCGAGGGUGACAUUUGCAGUCACUACCACGCACAGCUUCUCUCGCAAGGCCGCAGCCUAGUGUGGUCCGUCCUUACGUCGCCCAUCCUCUACGCGGCAUCUCAAUCACUUCAGUUCCUCUGCAUGGCUCUCGGCUUCUGGUACGGAGUAACCUGA